AUGGCGAAAAGUAUUCGAGCCAGUGUCUCUAAGCGCAACCGGGCAAACCUUCGCAAGAAGAUCGCUGGUCCGGCAGUCGACGCUCGAACCGAACGACUUGCCGCCAAACUACAGGAACUCGCCUCCCAGCCUAAGCCUGCAGCCCCCGUAAAGUCGGAAAUGGAAAUGGGCGCCGGUCAUACUGCCGAUCCAAACCAAGGCGACGAUAAAGCCACUGCGACCGGUGAAGAGAUGGACGUCGAUACCAAGAUCAAGAGCCAAAAGAAGCCCGCUCGUGUGCAGAAGGGAAACCGAAAGCCUCGCAACUCGAUAGUGUUUCAGUCACGCUUCAAGACGAAGAAGGGCCCGAAGAGAAAGCGCAAGGAAGGCGGUGUGAUGACGAUAGACACCUUGAUAGCUUCUAUCAAGACGCGUUCCGCUUCUCCUGCCCGCGUAGAAGUCGCAGGGAGAAUCAUGGCCAUCCUGAAGUGCGGCUGGGCGACUCUGGUCGCCAAUCUCUUGUUGCCGGUGGGCAUUCUCAUCUUUUCUUCCGGAUUCUUUCCCUACAAACCGCUUCUCCCUGGUCUGGCAACUUUCAACGAUGUUGAUCGAAAAGCCACAUCUCCGGUCUUCGAUAAAGUCAUCUUUAUGGUGGUAGAUGCAUUGCGCAGCGAUUUUGUUUACUCAAACGAAUCCGGAUUCUUGUUCACUCAAAGCUUGAUUCGAGCAGGGGCCGCGCUGCCAUUUACUGCCCAUGCUAGCUCUCCCACGGUGACAAUGCCCCGGCUGAAAGCGAUGACCACAGGGUCUGUCCCCUCGUUCUUGGACGUUAUCCUGAACAUUGCUGAGUCGGAUACCACGGCGACCCUUGCGUAUCAAGACACAUGGCUUGCACAGUUGAAAACCAGAGGAGACCGCCUCAUCAUGUAUGGCGAUGAUACGUGGCUCAAACUCUUCCCGGGAAUGUUUGACCGAGCCGAUGGAACGACGAGCUUUUUUGUGUCGGAUUUUGUGGAGGUUGAUCACAAUGUGACGCGCCACGUGCCCCGUGAGCUUGCCCAAAGCGAUUGGUCUGCCAUGAUCAUGCAUUAUUUGGGCUUGGAUCAUAUUGGACACAAAUCAGGCCCAAGAAGUCCCUUCAUGGCAUCGAAACAGCAAGAAAUGGAUGCAGUAGUGCAUGAAAUCUAUACAGCCAUGCAGCAAGAGGCCCAUCUUCAGUCCACUCUUUUUGUCUUGUGUGGAGAUCAUGGCAUGAAUGAUGCCGGAAAUCAUGGCGGCUCAUCUGCCGGUGAAACAUCUCCAGCGCUACUGUUCAUAUCUCCUAAAUUGCAAGCUCUGAGGACUCACCAGGAAAGUCCAGUUGAACCCUUGAAUGACCUGCAAUACUAUCAGACGGUCGAGCAAGCAGAUAUCACUCCAACGCUAGCAGGUCUUCUCGGCAUGCCUAUUCCCUUGAACAGUUUGGGGGUUUUCAUCCCAGAGUUUCUCGAUAUGUGGGAUUCUGAGACCCAAAGACUAUAUAUUCUGGAACGUAACGCUCAGCAAUUACUGAACACGGUCAGAGCUACGUUCCCCAACUCUGAUUUUGACGAUGAUACACUUGCAUCUGGUUGUGUAUCCAGCGCAGACUCCGGCAUUGGAGGUGCGCGGUGCGCCUGGGCACAAGUCCAGCAACUUCGUUCAAGUAGUAUUCCGGCAGACAAGCAAUUCUCGACCAUCGGCCCCGCAUUAAUGCGGUUCUCACGGAUCGCGCAGGACGUCAUGAGCAGUACUGCUAGUAAUUACGAUGUUCCCAGGCUCUGCCUGGGCUUGUUUGUCACAGGCGUUGCAAUGUUACUGGUUUCGCGGUCCGUAUUAUAUGAAUGCACGCAGUCCGCGCAUACUGGACUGUUUUUGGCAUUUAUGCUUCUCGGCUACGGGAGCAUGAUGUUUGCGAGCAGCUACGUUGAAGAGGAACAGCAGUUCUGGUAUUGGAUCUGGACUGGAUGGAUGUUCUACCUUCACAUCAGAUUCGAGUCCCAUCAGUCCAGUUCUGAGGGCAAUAUUCGCUCGCUUCCAGCUCGCUUCCCCGCUCUAGCCACUCUCGGACUGGCUAUCUCCCAAAGAAUCAUGAGAAGAUGGAAUCAGACUGGUCAAAAGUUCGCUGCAGAACCAGACAUCGCCCGUACAUUCUUCUCUGAUCAUCCCGCCAUCUUUUGGGCCUUAUUGACUCUGACGUAUGUUGAUGCGGGCCGUCAUCUUUUCAAGUGCCAGCCAUUCGCCGUUUUGCCUCGUGCGGGCGCCUUGAUGAUCACAGUGCUAGCCUUCAUAUUCAAAGUGAACUUCGUAGCCGCUGAUUCCCCCGAACUGCUCGUUGGUUCCUUUACAUCAAGGGCCGUGGAAAUGUGGCCAAACAAUUUCUCUUUGGUUGGGCAAGCAAGACUUGUAUUUGCUGGUCUAGCUUGUUAUGUACUAUUGGCAUUUGUGAUUCGAAGAUGGUCAGGGUCCGCGCAAACACCGAACAUCCUUUUUCACGAAGCCCUUAAUCUAUUUCUGAUGAUGCAGUCCAGAGCCACCAACAUUCCGAUGUUUCUUGCCAUGCGUGUGCAAGCCAAGAUCCUCUCUGCAAUGAGUCUUGAGGGUAUGGAAGUGACCGUGACGACACUGAUACUGCAGUACAUGACUUUCUUUGCAUUUGGAGGCUCGAACGCAAUCUCAUCGGUAGAUCUGUCGAGUGCAUAUAAUGGCAUUGGGAGCUAUAGCGUGGUUCUGGUGGGAAUUCUCACGUUUGUGAGUAAUUGGGCAGGUCCCAUCUGGUGGGCAUCCAUGAGCAACCUUCUUCGUCCGCAACAGAGUUUGGGGGUCCACAGCCCUGCUGCAUUGUCAACAUUGCACAUCGCGGCUUCGCUGGUUUCUGUAAUGGCCGCUUGUACAGCUUUGAGGACCCAUCUUUUCAUUUGGACCGUAUUUUCGCCCAAGUAUCUGUAUACCAUCGCAUGGGCUACAGGACAUCAUGUUGCGGUAAAUUUGCUGGGGAACAUUGGUCUCUCGUGUCUUUACGCUCAUGAGUGA